UGUUUGCACAUUGCACUUUGCGUUUACUGUGGCCUGUGGCUGUGACACUACGGUGGUGUGUGUCAUUUGCUCUUGUGAAUACUGUCCAGUGUCCAGUGUCCAUUAUCCAGUGAUUUAAAACAAACAUUUUAUUCUAAAAUUUGUUUCAUAUUUUAAUCUUAAAUUCAUAAUUUAAUAUUUAGUAUAUCUAUAGUAUUUACACAUUGAGUAUCAUUUAAUUAAACAACCAAGUCUAUACCACAAAGUUCUAUAAUGUCUACUAACUUAUUAUCUGUCAACACAGAUGAACAUCAGCCAAAAGGACACUCUCGUGUACCUUCAAGUACAGACUUGAAAGAGUUCAAAGAAGUUACCCAACGCGAUUCAUUGGUACAACUAGAAAAAGAAAUGACCGCUUUGCUUACAACUACAGCAGAUGAUAAAAAAGAUUUGGCAAAAUCUCAAUUUACGGCGUUUUCACGUUUAUUUCAACGAUUCCUGGAAGAAUCUGGCCCAUCAGUUGAUUGGGACAAGAUUGAAAAAUUGCCUACUGAUGCUAUACGAGAUUAUGAUACUUUAUCGAAACCAAGUCCUGAUGAUAUUCAUUCAAAGCUUGAAAAAUUGGUGGUGGUUAAGCUUAAUGGAGGUCUUGGUACAUCCAUGGGGUGUCGAGGUCCAAAAUCUGUUAUACAAGUCAGAAAUGAUCUUACCUUCCUUGAUUUAACGGUUCAACAAAUUGAGCACUUAAAUAAAAAAUACAAUGUAAAUGUACCAUUGGUUUUGAUGAACUCUUUUAAUACGGAUAAAGAUACAGAACAAAUCAUUCGAAAAUAUAAAGGACUUCAAGUAGAGAUAUAUACAUUUAACCAAAGCUGUUUUCCUCGAGUAUCUAAAGAAUCACUUUUACCAAUUGCACAUGACUGUGAUAUUGAAGGCAACAUUGAAGCAUGGUAUCCUCCAGGUCACGGAGAUUUUUAUGAUAGUUUUAAAAAUUCAGGAUUACUGCAAAAGUUUAUUGAUAGCGGUCGUGAUUAUUGUUUCAUCUCAAACAUUGACAACUUAGGUGCAACUGUUGACCUAAAUAUUCUCAAUAUGUUAUUGGACCGUGGAACUAAUCCCCUUGAAUUUGUAAUGGAAGUUACCAAUAAAACUAAAGCUGAUGUAAAAGGUGGUACUUUAAUUCAGUAUGAGAAUAAAUUGAGACUAUUGGAAAUAGCUCAAGUUCCUAAAGAACAUCUUGAAGAAUUUAAAUCAGUAAAAAAAUUUAAGUUUUUCAAUACCAACAACCUAUGGAUCAAACUUGAUGCUAUUGAGAAAGUUCUAAACGAAGGAUCGAUGAAUUUGGAAAUUAUAGUCAAUAACAAAACAUUAGACAAUAAUUUAAAUAUCAUUCAACUUGAAACAGCAGUUGGUGCAGCUAUGAAAUCUUUUAAUGGUGGUCUUGGUAUAAAUGUACCCAGAAGUCGUUUCUUACCAGUUAAAAAAACUUCUGAUCUUUUAUUGGUAAUGAGCUUGUACCACAUGAGAAAUGGAUCAUUGUCAAUGAGUCCAUUGAGAAUGUUUCCUACAACUCCGUUAGUUAAACUUGGAGAUAAAGAUUUUGCCAAAGUAAAAGAUUUUUUGUCUCGUUUUGCAACUAUUCCUGAUAUACUUGAAUUGGAUCAUUUAACAGUUUCUGGUGACGUAACAUUUGGUCGAAAUGUUUCUUUGAAAGGAACUGUUAUUAUAAUCGCAAAUCAUGGAGACAGAAUCGAUAUCCCUUCAAAUGCAACACUUGAGAACAAGAUAGUGUCUGGAAAUCUGAGAAUACUCGACCAUUAACCAAAUUGCACAUUGCUACUUAUUGUUUGAAAUAUCACAAAAUGUUUUAAUAUUCAUAGUAUUGUAUUAGAUAUGUAUAUUUAUUGUUUAAUUUAUUUUCAAAGUUGUUUUAGUUAAUUAUUUACAAUAAUUGUUAUAUUGAGAAAUGGGGAGAUUUAAUUAUUGCCAUGCUAUCAAAAUGUUUUAAGAAUAAAUUAUUGAUUUAACAUGUUAUGUUUAUAUUUUAUACUGCUUGCCAUUUUUUUUGUAUACAUAUUAUAUUCACAUACAAAAUUAUUAUAAUCAAAAUAAAUCAAUAGUUUUUAAAUCCAAUUAUUGUUUUUUUUAUAUACUUCUUAAUUUAAAAGGUACGAGUUACAAGGCAUGUGUGUGAUUAGUGAUCACCUAAAAACUUAGUUUAAUUUCAAAAUAAAGUGCUCAUAUUAUAUAUUAUUUACUAUAAUAUUAUAUAUUUAUAUGUAUAAAAUAUAUUAUCUAUUAUUUAUUUUUACUUAUGAUAUCAAUUUAUAAUAUAAUUCUUUUCACUAAAAUUAAAAUUAAUUCAUUUUAAAUA